AUGACCAACCCCAACCCCUAUAUCGUCUCCUACUUCAACACCAACGACGGCCGUCGCCAGAUGUCCACUUUCCCCGACUCAACCGCCAAAGAGUCGUUCAUCUCGUACCUGGAGUCAAUUGAUGCCGUGGUGUACGGUGAUUGGUACAAGCUGGUCACGGACUCUGCCGUCGAUGAUUCCAUCAGCAGGACUGCUGAUUUGGGCGGAACUACGUACAACUUGCCGCCUCCCGUAGUCCUCCUUCGACUCGGUUCUGCGACCAUGUUUGUACCCCGUACAGCUGUUUCAAGACCUCGAGCAGGUUUGGGACGGGCUCGGAAGCCAGCGAUGGGUUCGGCUGCAGUGGCAGCUAACAGGGGUGGAGGACAAUCGACCACUCCGAGUGGCGAUCAGGCAGCGAAGAGUCAGGACGAUUUCAGGAAGAUGUUAGGUUGAUGACGUGUUGUAGGAAGACGUUGAAUAUCGCAUUAUAUCUUCAUCUGGUCGCAGAACGGAAUCGAGGGAGGACCACGAGAGGUCAGACAGUUUUAUGCUACAUGUUCUGGUCGACGAAAGGACCGACCGGUGUAUAACUUAAAACUUUUGUUGCUUUUUUUUUCUUUGUCCUUGGGAGAAGGUCAAAGAGAGUUACAUU